UGACUUGGAGGAUUCCGAGCAUGCGGCCUCACGCUAGGGCGCGUGGUAAACCGUGCUAUAUUUGGCAUGGAUUCCCCACACAACCACAACUUCUCCUCUUCUUCUGGCUGCGGCGCAGGAAUUUGAUGCCUUACUUGCACAUACGAGUCCAAAGGCACGCAUCUUCCGUUAGAGUCGAACCGCACGCCAAAGGUCUCCUACGUGAUCGCAGAUUCCGCAGCAUCUUGAGGUGCGCACGGAUACGAGGGUCGAUGUCGGAGCCUCAUCCGCUAAUCGAUAUUCCACCCCUGCCGAAGGCCCGACCUUCACCUCGCUUGGCGUGCACAAGCGUAGCCUUACCGCUAGUCCAACUUCCUGAUUGAACGUCGACUGAUCCAGUCCUUACGGUUUGCCGACCAAACGGCUUGCAUUGCGACCCACCGUUUCACACGCGACUCU